AUGUCUCUCUGGCGUUGGAGCAUAGCUGCCUACUUGGCAUUGGUCUUGCUGCUGCUGUUGCGCCUAGGCAGCGCUCUGGAGGAGACUUCUGCAGCAGCCGCCCCCGUCUCAGCCAGAGUCCCAGUUCCAGCCGCAGUUCCAGCCGCCACUCCGCAGCUGCAUAUUGAGACGGUCCGCUCCUUGCCACGCGCCGGCGGCUCUCUGGUCGCCCACAGCGAUGUCUACAUAGCGCGCAAUCAGCGCGAGUGCUUCGAGACGCGCAACCUGGUGUCCUGCAUCAAGUACAAGGCAACCAAACUGAUCUGGAAGCUGGCCACCAACGGCAUGGGCUUCUUUCCCAACGAGUACGAGCGCUCGCUGGGCGAGCAGAAGCCACGCUGGCUGCGGCUGGUCCAGCUGGGCGAGCCGGCCGAUGAUAUCGUCGUGUUCAACGAUGCCAAGAGCCUGGCAGGCGACAGCGAGCUGGUGAACAUAUUCAAGUUCCUGCAGCGGGCCGUGGAGACCUUUGGCCGCAAUCAUGGCGUGCAGCUGGCGCUGCCCAAGGAGACAGGUGCCAGGGUGCUGGACGAGGCGGAGAGUCGCGGUCAUCGCAAGAAGAAGAAGUGGCUCAUCAUAUUGCCGCUGAUCAUACUGAUGAAAAUCGCGCACCUGAAGAUGACCUUGGUGACGCUGCUGCUCGGCGUGCUGGGCAUGAAUGUGCUGCUGGUGGGCGGCACCGGCUGGCUGAUACACUAUCUGAAGUACAAGACGCUGUGCAAGAUCCAUCCGCACCUGGUGCAAUCGCACUCGCACGUCUACGACUCCGAUCCGUCGGACUACUCGCAGUUCCUGGGCAGCAGCUACUCCAACGGCUACGCCGGCUACAGUCCCUCCAGUCCGCACGAGGUCAACGCGAAUGGCUACAGCAAGGACUGGGCGACGAGUAAGGCCUAUCAUGGCCACAACUACCUGGACACCAUCAGCAAGCGGCUACAGUAGAGCUUCUGCGCGUGAACCUGAUUCGUGCCAGGAAUGCGCCCGCCUCCUGCUCCUAGUAAAAUUAUCGUCAUCGUUGAUAUUGCUUUUAACUUAACAUUAAUUUACAUAGGCAA